AUCCGGGGGGUCGUAGUCUUCGCCAUCGUAAAUAAUAAUAAAAAAAAACCCUCACUGAAAUCACGCACUCCCUUUUCGUUUCUCUUUGAGAGAGAACAAAUUCUAGAGAGAGGCGCGCACACAGAGCCCUCUGCUAUGCUUGUUUUCUUUGCCAUUUCCGCCUUGAAAAACAAAGUGAGAUAAAGAAAAUCUGUGAGAAUUUUAUUUGUUUAUUUAAUUUAGCAGUCUCGCCGGUUGGUGUCAUUUUGUGGAAAUGAACGUUUUGAGUUAACGAGAUUUUUAAGGGUUUGCCUGUUGAUUUCGUCGAGUUUUGGUGGGAAGUGAAGUGGGUUAAUCUUGAAAUUGGGGCUUAAGUCUGUUAAGAGUAUCAAGCUUUCGAAGUGGCAUUGGUGAAAUAUUGAUUGCCGGUUUAGAGGUAAGAGAAAUGGGUGAUACUGAGGAAGCAAAUAGUGAAAUGAUACAAAGGUUGCAAUCUUCUUUUGGAACAACGCAAUCAUCAUCUACUACCAUGGCUAAGCAACCCUUUUCUUUGAUAAACCAAAUAGAUGUGUCUCAGUUGAGUUUGAACCCAACCCAAAUGCGGGCGAGGCAUUUUACGAAUUUUUCUCAGAAUUUUAGUGGGGAUAGUAACAAAAGAGUAGGGUUUCCGCCUUCCCAUCCUAAUCAGAUCCCACCCAUUUCGCCUUAUUCCCAGAUCCCAGUGUCCAGGCCAGUGAACCAGCAAAUGGGUCCGCAGAGUUUUAGUCUGGGGCCUACUCAUUCGCGAUCUUUGUCGCAGCCAUCAUCGUUUUUCUCCCUUGAUUCCUUGCCCCCGUUGAGUCCGGCCCCUUUCCGGGAUUCCUCUUCGCCUUCGGUUUCGGACCCUAUUUCUACUGACGUGUUCAUGGAGGAGAAGGAUGGUGGUUCUCAUUCGUUAUUGCCUCCCUCGCCUUUUAAUAGGGGCAAUGCUCCACGGGUUGUUGAGAGUUUGCCUCCACGGAAAGCGCAUAGAAGGUCUAACAGUGAUAUUCCAUUUGGACUUGCUAAUGUGUUGCAAUGUUCACCGCCCCUUAUUCCGUCGAGGGGUUCAAGUGGGUUGGAGCGGUCGAUGUCUGGGAGAGAAAAUUUAGGGAUGGCUAAGCCAGCACAAUCGGUGAAAAAGGAAUGGGAGAGAGGUGGUGACAGCAAUGCGGAGGGGAUGGGUGAGAGGAAAUCUGAAGGGGAAGUCGUGGAUGAUUUGUUUUCUGCUUACAUGAAUUUAGAUAACAUUGACGUGUUGAACUCCUCGGGUACUGAUGAUAAGAAUGGUAAUGAGAAUCGUGAGGAUUUGGAUAGUAGAGCUAGUGGGACCAAGACGAAUGGUGGUGAUAGCAGCGAUAAUGAGGCAGAAAGCAGCGUGAAUGAAAGUGGUGGCAACCUGCCAAGAGCAGGAUUGAGUUCUUCAACAGAGAAGAGGGAAGGGAUCAAAAGGAGUGCUGGGAGUGACAUUGCUCCUACCACCAGACACUACAGAAGUGUGUCAAUGGAUAGUUUCAUGGGCAAAUUGAACUUUGGUAACGAAUCACCAAAGCUGCCACCCUCCCCAGGAACUCGUCCAGGACAGCUAUCACCCACCGAUUCAAUAGAUGGGAAUGCCUUUAGCUUGGAUUUUGGGAAUGGUGAAUUUAGUGGUGCUGAGCUGAAGAAAAUUAUGGCGAAUGAGAAACUUGCUGAGAUCGCUUUAGCUGACCCAAAACGUGCAAAGAGGAUUUUGGCAAAUCGUCAAUCAGCUGCCCGUUCCAAGGAGAGGAAGAUGAGAUAUAUCUCAGAACUGGAACACAAGGUUCAGACUUUGCAGACAGAAGCUACCACAUUGUCUGCCCAGCUUACUCUUUUACAGAGAGAUUCUGUUGGUCUUACUAACCAGAACAAUGAAUUGAAAUUUCGCAUCCAAGCCAUGGAGCAACAAGCUCAACUCCGAGAUGCUUUAAACGAGGCAUUAACUGCUGAGGUCCGACGGUUGAAGAUUGCGACUGCGGAGCAGGGUGGGGACUCUGAUCCAUCCAAGAGCAUGGUUCAGCAGCAGCUUUCUAUCAACCCUCAGAUGUACCUGCAGCAGCCACGACCUUCACAACUUGGCAUGCAUCAAUUGCAGCAGCAGUCAUCAGCCUCCCAAUUCAACAUGCAUCAACGGCAACGGCAACAGCAACAGCAACAGCAACAGCAGUCCUCCCAGCCACAGCCUCAACAAAAUGGAAAUACUACCCCAAAGCCAGAUUCAAAUCAAUAGGCUGGGAAGAAAAAGAUGGCUAUGUUGAUUAUUAAUCGUCUCAUCAACUUCCGGUGCUUUACAUUUACUACUUACAAUGCAUUCAUUCAUUUGUUUUCCAUCUCCAAGCGACGUCUCUAUGGUUUGGUAGUUACAAAUUCAACCUGCAUCGCAUAUCUCCAGCUCGGAAUUUCGUUUAAAGUGAUAUAUAUACAGGCCUUUAUAUAUAUAUAUAUAUGUUAUUCAUGAUUAUGAUUGUUACUUGUUUCUGGUAGAUAUUUAAUCCAUAAAGAGAACAUUUCUUAGACGUGACAUGUUUUGUUAAGACGUUUAAAGAGUUGAACUGAAAACUCUUAUUUGUUUAUUUCAGUAAAGAAUGGCUGAUUCCUUUAUAA